CUACCAGUGCGCCCUGCGGCCUCGGAGAGCUUUGCACCCCGCUGGGCGAGAGGGUGCGGGGCGCGGCUGAGCUGGGCGGACCAAUCCCGGGGCUGCCCGGGCUCCUGACUGUCCUUAUAUUCACCCAUCAAUCUGUCCCUCUAUCCGAAGCCAUGGCGAAGGUGAUGGCGCUCGCCCUCCUGGGGCUGGGGCUAGCAGUCUUCAGGGAUCACCGGUCUUCGUACCAAACACGACUUAAUGCUUUCCGAGAAGUGAAACCUGUGGAACUUCCUAACUGUAAUUUAAUUAAAGGAAUAGAAACUGGUUCUGAAGACUUGGAGAUACUGCCUAAUGGACUGGCUUUUAUUAGCUCUGGAUUAAAAUAUCCUGGAAUAAAGAGCUUUGGCCCUGAUAAGCCUGGAAAAAUACUUCUGAUGGACCUGAACGAGAAAGACCCAACAGUAUUGGAACUGAAGAUCACUGAAAGUGCAUUUGAUUUGUCUUCAUUUAACCCUCAUGGGAUUAGCACUUUCACAGAUGAAGAUAAUACUGUGUACCUGCUGGUGGUGAACCAUCCGGAUUUUAAGUCCACGGUAGAAUUGUUUAAAUUUCAAGAAGAAGAAAAAUCACUUCUGCACCUGAAAACCAUCAGACACAAACUUCUGCCCAACGUGAAUGAUAUCGUCGCUAUUGGACCUGAACACUUUUAUGCCACAAAUGAUCACUAUUUUAUUGACCCCUACUUACGAUCUUGGGAGAUAUAUUUGGGUUUAGCUUGGUCAUAUGUCGUUUUCUAUGGUCCAAAUGAAGUUCAAGUCGUGGCAGACAGUUUUGAUUUUGCUAAUGGAAUCAACAUUUCACCGGAUGGCAAGUAUGUCUAUAUAGCUGAAUUACUGGCUCAUAAGAUUCAUGUGUAUGAAAAGCAUGCUAAUUGGACUUUAACUCUGUUGAAGACCCUUGUCUUUGACACACUCGUGGAUAACAUAUCUGUGGAUCGUGCGACAGGGGACCUUUGGGUUGGAUGCCAUCCCAAUGGCAUGAAAAUCUUCUUCUAUGACUCAGAGGACCCUCCUGGAUCAGAGGUGCUCCGAAUCCAGAACAUAUUAACAGAAGAACCCAAAGUAACAGUGGUUUAUGCAGAAAAUGGCACCACGUUGCUCGGAAGUGCAGUUGCCUCUGUGUACAAAGGGAAACUGCUGAUUGGCACUGUGUUCCACAAAGCUCUUUACUGUGAGCUCUAACAGGCCCAUGGGCAUCUGUGCCACAGAAACUGAGCCCAUCACUUUAAAGUGCUGGCCACAUUCUAAGAGGGUACAGUAAUCUCAUAUGAGCAAUAACAGGGAUCUUGAGUUUAGACCUCAUGAGGGAGGAAAGUGUUGUUUAAUAGAGCCGAUAUGAUGUGUAACGCUGUUUUCAGAGUACAAAAUCAAAUUGGUCUUGGUAUACCUACAAAUCUCAUUUACCAAUAAAAAUUCUUUUCAAUAAAA